CGCGAAAUGAACUUUUAAGUGCUGCGCCGGAAACCAGGACGCAUGUAAUGCACUUGGUGCGGAACCAGUCUAGUUUGUGGAUUUGUUCCCGAACGAGUUUGAAACAGACAGCUGCCCUACCAACUGUUCGUUCAUUUUUCUUGCAUAAAGGACAUAUUGUGCUUGCUGGUAUCUUGGCAUAUUCACCGUCCUUCAACAUCAGAAGAACCCAAGAAGCCACAAAAGUUUGGUUUGCAACUCAACAAAAGAAAAUUGGAUCCAAUAACUUAAAGUUUAGAUCAUUACAAACUAAAAAUGGCAUUAAGUUUGGUUCGUCAGGCAGCUAACAGGAUGGUGGUCCAAUCAUGUACCCAGGUUUCUUUACAACGAACAAUCUCACUGACAUCCAGAUGUCUGACAGCUAAGGUGAUCAACGGUACGGCUCUGGCGCGGGAGAUUAAGGACGAUGUUAGGGCUGAGAUUGAGGAGCUGGUCUCCAUGGGCAAGCGGCGUCCGAACCUGAGCGUGAUCCUUGUAGGGGACGAUCCAGCUAGCCUGUCUUACAUCAAGAACAAGGUCAAGGCUGCCGCAUAUACAGGUAUAACAAGUGAGUUGAUCAACCUGCCGUCAGACACCAGUCAGGAGGCCCUUGUGCGGGAGAUAGAACGCCUCAACAAUGACCAUGACGUGGACGGGCUGCUGGUGCAGCUUCCUGUGCCUGAACAUAUGGAGGAAAAAAUGGUAAUGAACUCUAUUGCCCCACACAAAGAUGUAGAUGGUUUCCACACGCUGAACGUGGGUAUGUUCUGUGUGGACCAGAAGGCAUUUGUCCCGGCCACUCCUGCUGGGGUCAUGGAAAUCUUACGGCGGUCUGGAAUUGAGACAUUUGGGAAGAAUGCAGUGGUCUGUGGCAGAUCUAAAAAUGUGGGCAUGCCCAUAGCGAUCUUGCUGCAUGCUGAUGGUAUACAUGAAACAAGAGCAGGUGAUGCCACUACGACAAUCUGCCAUCGAAACACCCCACCAGAACAGCUGGCCUUGUUUACAAGGACAGCGGACAUUGUUGUUGUGGCCACUGGAAUUCCCGGACUUAUCAAGGCCGACAUGAUCAAACCGGGUGCGGUGGUGAUUGAUGUGGGCAUUUCUCGAGUGAUGGACGAGAAAACUGGGAAGACCAAACUGGUCGGAGAUGUGGAUUUCGAAAAUGUGAAGGAAGUGGCAGGUUACAUUACACCUGUACCAGGUGGUGUGGGGCCAAUGACGGUAGCCAUGUUGAUGAAAAACACACUGACCGCAUACAAACGAGAAAUCAACUUUGACCAUUACAAACGCUCCCUUGGGCUAGCAUGAUAUCAGUCUGAGGGUAGAAGAGUUCUGGCAGGCUAGCAGGGCCUGAAAUCAGGAAAGAACAGACCAAUUAUAUCAGAUUUAUACUCAUUAGGGUUGCGGAUACCAAGCUUUUUAUGUGCUCGCUUGUUUUAAUGUGUUAUUUUACUUGUCUUUUGUCCUAAGUGUUUCUGUUUGCAGUAUUAUUUGAAGAAAUUAACACAUAAGCAAAAGUGUGAUUUAUUUUAAUAAUUAUUGUUUUUAGUUAGCUGCAUCUAGUCUAAUAAUGUCUGUGUCUUCGUGUUAAGUUGAUUGAUUGAUUGAUUUUUAUUCAGGUUUAAAACACAUAAUAUACAAGUUAUAAAUCGAAUUUACAUAACGAUUGUUUCUAACAGUAUAACAAUUAUUACUAAAAGUAUUUGUGAGAUUGCUGCUGAACAAAACCUAAUGUCUAAAAACUGCCGUAAAAAUAAUAUGAAUUAAGAUAUGACAAUAAAAUGGAACACAAAAGUGCGGCAAAAUAAAAGGUCCUUAUAAAGCGUAUCAACUCUAGACUAGUUUUGAAGGGAACAGAUCAGCAACUACCUCACACUUAAAAUAUUGUUAAAUGUUACUCUAUGGUAUUUAGUAUAUUGCUAUCACAGUUGUUUAAUAUAUUACUUAAAUAUCACAGUUACACAUGUAUGUCACAUUUAUUUACUAUCACAUACUUUAGUAUAUACUGGUAAUAAGAUAUAUUAUAGAAACAAGUUCACAAAUUUGGUAAACUAAGUAUGUAAAAUGUAAUAACUUGUAUAAUAUAGUGUAAAAACCUAGGAUUGCCCAUGAAAGCCUGAAAGCUUAUUUCCAAUGGGGUCCUGUUUUAGGUUAUACUUACUAUGAUAUGAUCCUAUAUGAAAGUUACACAAUAUGAACAAUAAGUCCCUG